AUGCUGUUUCUAUCGACACUCACGCGCAGCAUCAGUGCUCUCGUACAAAAACGUGCUUCCUCGCCGUCGGGUAUCAUAGUGGUGACGCAGCCUAAGACGCCGAGGUUGCCGUCUCUGCCUGGUACCACGCUCGAGGGAGGGCGGCUGUGCAGAGCCUUUGCUAAUAGCCCGGAAGUCCUCUUCGUCUUGGAUGGGGAGACGGCGACCACUGCUACAGUGAAAGAGGCAUUGAGCCAACGACCAUGGUUGCACCUCGCCUGCCACGGAUCGCAAGAUCUCACCAACCCUCUGAAGAGCGCAUUCGUGUUGCAUGAUGGCCCGCUGUCGCUGUCCAACCUGAUGAAUACGACGGCGGACAACGCGGAGCUCGCCUUCCUCUCCGCGUGUCAAACAGCCGGGGGCGAUGAGAAGAUCCCCGAGGAGUCGAUGCACCUGGCGGCUCGGAUGCUGGCUGUCGGCUUCAAAGGCGUCAUCGCAACGAUGUGGUCGAUCCGGGAUGACGACGCGCCGCUAGUCGUCGAGACGUAUUACAGAAGGCUUCUCGAGCUUCGCGCGUCCAGGAGGUCUCGGCGCAGGCGAGACUGGUGCGGCCUACGCACUCCAUGA